AUGUUUUCGCAAGGGUCAAUUCCAGAGGUGAAAGAACACAGUCCGGGGUUUGUCCUGGAGCAGCGGAAGGCCAAGCUGGGGCAGUUUCAGGACCUGGGGCCGCCAGAUCUGAUUACAAUCUCGAAGUACCUGUCGACGAGCGGCAAAAACGGGUCACACAUGCGGACGGGGUCUGUGGGGGGAGACGCGGGCGGCGCAGAGCCAGCAGAGAAGCUGAAGGGCGCAAUCGGAACGUACCUGUACUGCGCGGGGGCGGACACGUCUGACCCCACGUCUAUUGCGGUGUUCCUGAAGGGGAUUGCGGACAGCAUUUCGGAGGAGCCGCAGGUGUGGUUCGGCAAGCACAAGCCGUACAAGGUCUCGAAGAUCUCGUACUCGACGUGGAACGUGUUCCGGCAGUGCGACGUGAAUGUGACGGUGCAUAUUCCGGGGACAGUGCAGUCGUAUGUGCUCGACGUGCGGGGCGAUGUGGUGCACCUGGACGAGCAGGAGCAGGAGCAGCUGUGGGCGGAGACGUUCAUCAGCGGCGUGACGCGGACGCUGAUGAUGAUGCAGGACAACUUCGAGGACGGCGAGGUCAACAACAUCGUGGAGACACGCAUUUUGAACCCGUUCACGUCGAGCGACAUCGGCGACGUUGCCACGUCUUUCAUCAAGCUGUUUCCAACGGUGUACCAGCAGGCGCCCAAGCUGGGCGCCCCUCCACAUAUCGGGGCGGUCUCGCACACAAACAACUACCUGGUGGAGACGCUGCUGCACCUCACCAAGCUGACCGCCAACUUUGAUACAUGUAGGAGCGUGCUCGAGGAGCUACGCAAAGAGAACCCUGAGGUGGUGGUCAUUCUGUCGCGGCUAUUAUUGCUGGCGGAUCUCGAGCUCGACGCCGUAAAGCUGAUCCACGCGGAGCUGUCGUCCAACGAGACGACCGACUACACGUCAGAGCUGCUCUGCGUCGAGACAGAGUUCCUCUUGGAGCGCAAGAAGGACUACGAGCUGGCGUGUGCCACCGCGCAGGCGGCGGUUCACUCAGCGCCAAGCGAGUUUAAGCCAUGGUACUUGCUGGUGAAGAGUUUCACAGCACUAGGUGACAUAGAGAAUGCAUUGCUUACUUUGAACACCUGUCCAAUGUCUCCACUGAAAGAGAAGUACGUGUUCCGGCGCAUUGUACCCGUGACGCAAGAGUCUGGCAACCUCCAUAUUCCCUUGCCUGUAGAUGUUAUUCUGGAAGAGGUGACCGGCCUGGAUUCCCACGAGGUGAUCACCGAACACAAAUCCGUCGACCCAAGUCUGCUCAAUCUUCCCGCCGCCAACUUGAAGAGCAACUUCCAGCUGGCCUAUUCUUUGCUGGCAGAAAUUGCCAAGAAAACUGGCUGGGAGCCGCUCUUGAAAUACCGCGCCAAGCUUUUUGUUAUGGAAGAAGAAUACCGGAGUGCCAGCACACCAAGCAUCGACUCCGAAACAUCCAAGGGCUUACGUUCUAAACGGCUGUGUGAGAGAUGGUUAGACAACCUGUUCAUGCUAAUAUAUGACGAUCUCAAAAUAUACACGAUAUGGCAGGCCGAGCAGCUACAUUUUGAGGCGCAGAAUGCACAAUAUGCAAAAACCACUCUUGAAUGGGAGCUUCUUGGGCUGUGCGCGAAUAGGCUUCACCAUUACCAAGAGGCCGCAAAAGCGUUUCAGAAUGGGUUGCAAUUGCGGUUCUCUGCCUCGUCGUGCAGGAAACUACUGCAGUACUACCUGAAGGAGCGCGAAUUCAUUCGCCAGAAGGGAGGGGAAACUGGGAUGACAUCUUCGCAGAUUGUAAACGCUGUCAACACACAGGAUAACAAGAUCAUUGACCUCUGCGUGCGCCUAUGCUGCUGGAACCAUCGCUGGUAUAGCGAGUUUUCCCUGUUACUGCUGGAUGCCGUUGCGAGAAUUGUUGAAGAUAUUGGCAUCACCAAGAUGCAAAAUGAAGUGGCCUCUCGUUUUCCGGAAAGCGUCGUCAACCUGUUCCAGACAAAUGUGCUUGACUUUUUCGCUGAACAUACUCGUGGUGAGUACGACCAAUAA